UGCACCGCGGGUGUCUGCCGGGCUCGCUCGCCGCGGACCGGGCCGCAGCCGCCUCAGCCGCCUCAGUGCCCCAGCCACCGCCGCCUCAGUCUCGCCCUCCGCGCCACCCGGCCCCGCCGCCCCGCGCGCCCCCAGCCCCUCAAGCCAGAUGAUGAACUUCCUGAGGCGCCGACUGUCGGACAGCAGCUUCAUCGCCAACCUGCCCAAUGGCUACAUGACCGACCUGCAGCGGCCCGAGCCCCAGCAGCCGCCGCCGCCGCCCCCCGGCCCCGGCGCGGCCUCGGCCUCCUCGGCGCCCCCGGCCGCCUCGCCGGGCCCCGAGCGGAGGCCGCCGCCGGCCCCGGCCCCGGCCCCGGCGCCCGCGCCGCAACCCGCGCCGCAGGCUGCCGCGGCGCCGUCGGUGGGCAGCAGCUUCUUCAGCUCGCUGUCCCAAGCCGUGAAGCAGACUGCCGCCUCGGCCGGCCUGGUGGACGCGCCCGCGCCCGCGCCCGCCGCCGCCAGGAAGGCCAAGGUGCUGCUGGUCGUCGACGAGCCGCACACCGACUGGGCCAAGUGCUUCCGGGGUAAAAAAGUCUUUGGAGAUUAUGACAUCAAAGUGGAACAGGCGGUAUUUUCAGAGCUCAACCUGGUGGCCCAUGCAGAUGGGACCUAUGCUGUGGAUAUGCAGGUGCUCCGGAAUGGCACAAAGGUUGUCCGGUCCUUCCGGCCAGACUUUGUGCUUAUCCGGCAGCAUGCAUUCGGCAUGGCAGAGAAUGAGGACUUCCGCCACCUUGUCAUUGGCAUGCAGUACGCAGGCCUCCCCAGCAUCAACUCACUGGAAUCCAUUUACAACUUCUGUGACAAGCCAUGGGUGUUUGCCCAGCUGGUGGCCAUCUACAAGACAUUGGGAGGAGAAAAGUUCCCACUCAUUGAGCAGACAUACUACCCCAACCAUAAAGAGAUGCUGACACUGCCCACAUUCCCUGUGGUGGUGAAGAUUGGCCACGCUCACUCAGGCAUGGGCAAGGUCAAAGUGGAAAACCAUUACGACUUCCAGGACAUUGCUAGUGUGGUGGCCCUCACCCAGACAUAUGCCACAGCAGAGCCUUUUAUUGACGCCAAGUAUGAUAUCCGGGUCCAGAAGAUAGGCAACAACUACAAGGCUUAUAUGAGGACGUCGAUCUCAGGGAACUGGAAGACAAACACUGGCUCUGCAAUGCUGGAGCAGAUCGCCAUGUCAGACAGGUACAAGCUGUGGGUGGACACCUGUUCUGAGAUGUUUGGUGGCCUGGACAUCUGUGCUGUCAAAGCUGUACAUGGCAAAGAUGGGAAAGACUACAUUUUUGAGGUCAUGGACUGCAGUAUGCCACUGAUUGGUGAACACCAGGUGGAGGACAGACAACUCAUCACUGAGCUAGUUAUUAGCAAGAUGAACCAGCUGCUGUCCAGGACCCCUGUCCUGUCCCCUCAGAGACCCUUAACCACCCAGCAGCCGCAGAGUGGAACACUUAAGGAUCCGGACUCGAGCAAGACCCCACCUCAGCGGCCAGCCCCCCAAGGGGGCCCUGGGCAACCCCAAGGAAUGCAACCCCCAGGCAAGGUGAUGCCUCCACGCCGGCCUCCCCCUGGACCAUCACUGCCACCUUCCUCCUCUUCCUCCUCCUCCUCUUCCUCCACCACCCACGGAGAUGCACCCUCCAGCAGCAGCUCCCUGGCAGAGGCCCAGCCACCCCCGGCUGCUCCACCACAGAAGCCCCAGCCUCACCCACAGCUCAACAAGUCGCAGUCCCUGACAAAUGCCUUCAGCUUCUCUGAGUCCUCCUUCUUCCAGUCUUCAGCCAAUGAGGAUGAAGCCAAAGCGGAGACCAUCCGGAGCUUGAGGAAGUCCUUUGCCAGCCUCUUUUCAGAUUAGCUCUCCAGAUACACGGGGGCACCUAGCCCAACCGGGAAAGGCAUCUGAGACAUUUGCCAAUAGUCAGCCACGCUUGGUGAUGUCCCAUGACCUUGAUGUGUGUGGUCCCUUCCUCUGCUCCGUUGUGCUAAGUGAUAUUGUGCAGCUCAGAAAAGACCAUGUGAAAGUCUCAGGGCAGGCGCCUAACCAGCAAGGGGCACCUGACAGAGAGAAUAGAGCUGCUUUCCCGUAGUCCUGAGAGUUUCCUCUGAGGUCAUUGUUUGCUGUGAGUGUAGUGGCCUUAUUGUGACAGUGUCCUCAUGUCUUAUUCUUCUUCACGAAACCAGGAUUCCCUUCACUGAGGACUCUUGGUAGCUUAACCUAGCUCAGAAGCAGUGCUAAGCAUGCCUCCGCUUUAGUCAGUGCUGCCUGUUUGGGGAGCACAUACUUACCCAAAAAUGCUCUUGGCUCUAAGUGUUAGGAACCUACCCACACUUGGAUCCCUUGUCAUAUCUGUUUACCUGUUUAAAACACACCUGCCCAACACAAGAGAUUCCUCAACUGCUAUCAUGGUAAAGUACCUUUAGUCUGUUGAUACUGGAGAGAACAAGGAUCUGCAGUCCCCCCCACCCCACCUUUUCUGUCCUCUGGAGAGCAGUUCUUAUGUGCGUGCUGCAGUGAUCUCGAGCUCCGAAGCUGCACUGUAGGGAAUGCAUGCCACUGUAACAGCAGUAUACCAAGUUUUGUGUUCAUCUCCAAAUAAAUGUUAAGACCUUUGGUGUAAUAAAAGCAGCAGCAUUAACCAGCAUUUGAUUCAGCCAUGAGGUCUCCCCUAGGCCACCCUUUUGGCUGAGAGAGUAUAUGUGAGGCAUAUGUAUGUGCUUGCAAGUGUAGGGAAGGGAAAUGUCUAGGAGAAUGAAGCUGUUUGUGCCAGUAUGCUUGUGAAUGUAUUUAUGUGUGAGUGGCUAUUUGCAAGUGGUUGAGAGUAUGGCCAUCCUUUAGAUGUCACUUAUGCUGGGCCUCCUGACAUCUGGUGAAUGUCCCUGCAAGACAACUGAAGUUCCUUUGGUUACUAGCAUUUCUACCGAUUUUACUGAAUUUGUAGCCUUUCUAGUAAGCAUAGCACCCUUGUCCUAUGGCAGCCAAGUUAGAUCUACUUGUCUGGUCCAUCAAGCUCCUCAGCUAAAGCCACAUGGGGGUGCCAAUGAGGCUGGACCGACCCGCUCUGAUGAGUGGUGUCCCACAAGCCUGGCCUCAGGCAUCCUAAAGAGGUCUGCGAUUGAGAGUGGGCUCGGAAGGACUUCACUCUGGCUUCUUCACAGCUCACACAAGAGUAGGUUACCAAAGACCACGAGUCCUGUGAAGAUAAGCACCACAUCUGCACUAAUAAAUGGAAACCAGUGUAUUAACGUUAUAUCUAUAUAAUUUCCCACACAUACCCAUCCUAACUCAACAAAAUAACACUCAGCCAAAUGCCACUAUCUUGCUAACCCUCCUCACAAGCAAUAGAUGCUGAGAGGCCAGAGUGUGAAGUUCUCUGGCACCAGGGUCUCCUUUCUAACUCAGCCCAUGAUUUCAGGGUUCAAGGAUCCAGAACUCUACCUUCUUCUACACUUAAAAAACAGGAAGUAGGACUUCCUUUGAGUGGCUCCAGGGGUGGAGGGGGUGGCAGCCUUUCCCUCAACAACACACAUAGCUAGGGAACAAACUAUUAAACCAAACAAAAAGGUGAGGGACAGGGAACUCCCUAUGCUCCAGGGAAUUGAUCUUCAGGGUUCCUUCUAUUUCCACCCAAGAGUCUGCCACUUGUGGUCACUUCUGCCCUCCCGAUUCUAGAAAUGUUUAGUAGAAUGCAUUCAUUUCAUCAAAAAGCAUUUAUUGAGCACUUACUAUGAGCAUAAACAUUGUGAUGGAGUCAAAAAAUGUUUACUAACAGUUUCAUAGUGCUUACCAAGUUUAGGCACCAUUCUAAGCACUUAACAUAUACCAAUUCAUUUAUUCCCUCCAAGCAUCCUGUAUUAUAAGUACUAGUACUGUUUUAUAAAUGAAGAAAUGGAGGCACAUCAGGAUUCAAUAACUUGCUCAAAUUCACCCAGCUAGCAUGCAGUGGAGCUGGGGUUUGAGCCCAAGCAGUAUAGCAGCAUAACUCAUGGCCUUGACAACUUUGCUAUAUUAUUUUUUAUUUAAUCUAGCAAAGGAAACAAAAUAAUUUUAUUAAAUUGUACAUAAUGUAAAAGCAAAAUAAGAGAUAUACACAAAAAUUCUUCAUACCCAUAUCUUCCUCCUUCCUUUACCUUCUCUCUAUCCAUUGGUCCCAGGAACGGAGCAGUGGGAGAAGGUCAGAGAACUUGUAGCAGUGUUGACCCCUUGUCCUAGAACCAUGAGUAACAUACACAAUGUAUCUUAAUCUGAUUGAAUAUAGUUCUGGUUCUUAAAAAAUUGCUCAUUCUUCCACAUGUGAUGUCAGACCAAAAACCACAAGUGGCUUAUUUAGAAAAUGAGUCAACCAGGAACUGCUAGAGUGACAAAAAGGGGAGGCAUUUACCAUAGGUCAUGUAGCACCCUAGUCCAAAGGACACAUGGAUUCUACUCAACCCUUAGUAAUGGGGUGGGGCCAGAGGUGGGGGAGUUCCAUUUAGAAACACCCCCCGUGGUACAUAAUAAAGCUUGCCCCAGAGACUGGGAAAUUUGCCAUUCACAUCAAUCAAUAAAUAUUUGAUGAAUAUCAUGAUAAAAAAAAUGAUCUAAACCUGGGAUCUCCCAGGGUUGGUGAUAGUCCACUAUAGAUAUUGAAACCUUCAGUCUGUAGGCUAGUUGUGACCACCCUGCAGCCCUCUAGCCCUACCCAUAUCUCUACACCGGAUUAAUAGAGAUAGAACAUCUCAUCCCUGCCCCAUGGAACUCCCCAUCUCCUUGGGUCAAGAUUAAUUAAUUCUGCUUAUUUUUUUUUGUUCAUAACUCUUUAUUGUAUACUUAUUAAGCUCAAUAAAUUUUGUGGGAAGAAUAUAAAAAUGAGUUAAGCAAAGAUUCUGCCCUCAUAAAGUUUACUGUCCAGUAGGGGAGGUAGCAUAUAUACAAAUAUAAAGAAGAAAGUGGUCGGUGCUGUGAGACAUAUGCAGUCAAAAUGUUAGUUUGGAAAAAAAAAAAUUAAGCUUGAUAGGUAUUGGUAAGGAUAUGGGACACAGAAUGCUUACAUACUGCAAGUGGAAACGUAUGUUGGUACUACCACUUUGGGGAACAACUUGGCAAUAUCUAAUGCACAAACCCUAUGACUCAGUAAUUCCAUUUCUAGACAUCCUCUCUAGAGAAUCUCUUUCACAUGUACUCAAGAAGGCAAGUAAAAGAAUAUUAGUCGCAGCACUUUUGUGAAAAAUGGAAACAACCAACUGUCUUAAUGAGGGAAUUAGAACAUAAAUUGUGGUUUACUCAUAAAUUGGAAUACUAUAUAGAAGUUAAAGAAAUAAACAAAAAUCAGGGCACCUGGGUGGCUCAGUCGGUUAAGUGUAUGCCUUCAGCUCAGGUCAUGAUCCCAGGGUCCUGGUAUCAAGCCCCACGCCUGGCUCUCUGCUCAGCGGGGAGUCUACUUCUCCCUCUGCCCCUCCCCCUGCUCAUGUGCUCUUCCUCUCCCUCUAUCUCAAAUAAAUAAAUAAAAUCUUUUUUAAAAAAGAAAUAAAAAUAUUUGAGGUAUUUAGUUAAAUUCAGAUAAGAUAUGGAAGGAGAAUGAAUAAGAUGAGUCAAAAAAAGAGUAAAAGCUGUAGGUGUUGUGGUAGUGGAACAUACUUCUAGCUUGGCUGGUGAGAGAAGGGGGCAGCCUACUAGUGAGUUGUGAGCAGCCCACAAAAUGAGGAGACAUGCCUAUUGGGGAAAUAGGGUGAGCACACAGAAUGCAGUCACUGAAUUUUACAGCUGGAGGUUUCAUCUAGUUCUGUCUUCUCAUUUUACAGUUGAGAAAACUGAGGCCCCCG